AUGAAAGUAUCUUCAGUUUGUGGUACCAUAUUGGUCUACUCGGCCAUCGCUAGUGCUGCAGUUGAAAAUGUACCAACUAAAAAUGAAGCAACCAAAAAACUUUUCGGACGUUCGUUCUUAGACUCAAUUAGCUCUUUUAUUUCAAAAGGAAGCUCCUCAGAUGCAUCUGAUUCGAGCAGUAGCUCAAAUGAAGAGACUAAUGCUAGCUCUGCUGCUGAUAUCCAGGCCAGUGUUGGCGUAAGUGCAAAUGUUGCUGCGGCAUCAGCAAGUUCUGGUUCUUCAUCAGCUAUAAGAAUCCCAACAUCAAGUCUUAUUUCAAGUUCUAGUUCCAGUUCUAGUUCCAGUUCCAAUCCAAUUAUAUCAUCAUCUAGUUUAACAUCAACAGCAUCCACCGCUAGAGCUAAUACUAUUACAUCUGCUUCUUCUGCUUCCAGCUCAAGUAGUUCUAAAUUCAGAUUGAAUGCUUUGCUUGCGGAUGAUUCCAGUUCUUCUGAGGGCUCCACUGAGGAAGAUGAUGAAACCUAUUGUGACGAAGAAACCGAUACUGCGAGUGAAACUGCAAUCAGCGCUCCAUCACUUACAUCAUCAGUGAGAACUACCAGUACGAACCCAACUACAUCGCUCAGAACUACUAGUACUGAUCCUUCUAUCAAUUCUAAUACUGGAGAUGAAACUUCUAAUAUAUUAGACAUUAGUGACAUUUUACCUACAACUUCAAGAAACUCAUCUGGUACAGCAUCUUCAGUUUCAUCCAAUGCUUCAUCUGCAUCUUCUGAUGAUGAUGAUGAAACUUAUUGUGACGAAGAAACUGAUUCUGCAAGUCAAACAAUUGAUCCAAUUAUAACUGAUGCUACUUCGAUUGCAGCGGAAUCUACAGUAGCUGGACAAUCUAUUAUCCCUAUUGCAUCACUCUCCUUGAACGUUUCUGUGUCAGACACCGUUGGCUCUUCGAUUACUAGUAUUGCUCUGGCUUCUGGUGAAUCCAGUUCAGACGAUGACGAAACUUAUUGUGACGAGGAAACUGAUACGGACGGCCAAACUAUUAUAACUAACCCUACUGGAUCCGUUACCAAUCUUCCUACAUCAGGAAAGACAAGCGCUCCAUCAAUAACUUCAGGUAAUAGUGUCAUCAGCAAUCCUUCGAAUUCCGACGAUGAUGAUGAGACGUACUGUGAUGAGCCAACUGAUUCGGACGGGCAAACCAUUACGAGUCCUACUGGAACUGUCACUCAAGAACCAUCUGGUACGAUCACUGGAAUUCCAUCUGCAACCACUGAUACCCAUACAACGGGAGGUAGCACCAAUGACGAUGAUGAAGAAACCUAUUGUGAUGAAACCACCCAAUACACGACAGAAUACAGCACUGCUUACACUACAAUCAUACAUACAACUACUGUUACGGUAAAUGGUCGUACUAUUACUAGUGAAGUCUCUGAAGUCACGACUACUGUAUUACCAGAAGUUAAGGAAGUUGGUUCUGACUCAAAUUCAGGUUCCAGUUCAGGUUCCAGUUCAGGUACCGGUUCAGGUUCUAGUUCAGGUUCCAGUUCAGGUUCAGGUUCAGGCUCAACUGAGGAAGAAUGUACUGAUGAAGAUGAUGAUGAAGAUGAAGAAGAUGUUUCUUCAGGAUCAUCUUCAGGAUCGUCUUCAGGAUCAUCUUCAGGAUCAUCUUCAGGAUCAUCUUCAGGAUCGUCCUCAGGAUCAUCAGGUUCUAACGUCGGAUCAUCUUCUGGAUCAUCAGGUUCUAAUGUCGGUUCAUCCGGUUCUUCAUCCGGUUCAAGUUCAGGUUCAAUCGUUGGUUCAUCUACAUCUGGCGAUUGUCAAGAUGACGACGACGACGAAGAUGAUGAUGACGAAGAUUGCGAUCCAACCUGUGACUGUGAUGAAGAUGACGAUGACGAUGAUGACGACGACGAUGAUGACUGUGAUGACAGCGAAGAUUGUGAAGAUUGCGACGCGGAUGUUUCAAGCGAUGAUGCUACCGCUGCCACAAGAACUACUGCUGCCGCUGAAUCCUUCGAACCUACAACUAUUGCUGGUGUUUCUACUGCAGUAAAUGCUAAUACUUCACCUGAUGAUUGUGUUCCAACUACUGUUACUCAAUAUGUUACCAUCAACAAUCGUGAACCUGAGACCAUCAGCAGUAUUGCCAGUUCUACAGCCAGCGCUGAAGUUCAACAAUUCAAUAACAAUGGUAACAAGAAGUUCAUCUCUGCUAGUAUGGUUGUUUUGAUUACUGCAUUUGUUACCAUUGGUUUCAUGUGA